CAAGGUCGAAACUGCCCUGAGUUGCACGUAUUUACUAUAGGGCUUGACCUUCAUCUCUGGUGGGUGGUCCUCAAAGUCUCGAAACCUCACAGAAUCGCCAAUCCCCUUCGGAAAAUCCACAAAUCCAGAAGGUCAACAUGGACUCCAGCAAUUGGCGCGUCAAGCGCGACCCCUCUGAUCCAUCAACCCCGGAUCAUACGCCCAAACGUACGUUUCAGCGCCGUGAAAAUGGUUUGGAUAGGAGUCCCGGCUACGAUCAACGCCGGAUGGGCAGAACCCCUACUCACCAGUCGAGCCCACGUGACUCGUUCCGCAAGCCUUUCGACGAGCAGCAGGCAGAAAAGGCCGUGGAGGAAGGCCGCCGAGUUUAUGUUGGCAACCUACCGUAUGAAGCGACGGUGAAGGAUAUCGAAUCCUUGUUGAAGGAUGUUGCAGCCGGGAUUGAAGCCAUCAACAUGUCAGUGGAUCCCAUGACUGGGCGGAAUCCCUCGUACUGCUUUGUUGACUUCCGGAACAAAGAGCUGGCUGAACGAGCCAUGGCGGAGUAUGAUGGGAGGGAAUUCCUCCGCCGACCACUCAAGGUCCGGCCGGGCGUCAGGUCGGGGACGGGAACUGGGCGGUACGACGUGCGUGUGCAGAACAAGUCAGAAGACAGCAGCCGCCUCGCCUUCGACCGCUGGCGCCGUCUCGAGACUCCCGAGCAGCUGAACAAGUCCGUCCAGGAAGGACGACGUCUAUACGUUGGGGGGCUCCCGCGGUUCCAAAACCAAGACGACACCAACGCUCAGAUCCGCGACCUAUUCGAAGGCGAAGGUUUGCGUGUCGAGAUCAUCAGCAAGCUGAUCUCGCGGCAUGAGUCGAAGAAGGAUGAGGAAGGCAACCACAAUUACUGCUUUGUGGAUGUGGCGUCAGCGGAGGAUGCCGAGUCCGCCAUCGCCCUCCUGAAUGGGCUGGAGAGAUGGGGCUGGCGGAUCAAGGUCAGCCGCGCCAGCGGGACGUCAGGCAAACUGGCCGAGAGGAGGCGGGUGUACGUAGGCGGGCUGCCCGAAUUCGCCAGCCAGGAGACGACCGAGGCCGGGAUCCGAGAGCUCUUCGGCCCCUUCGAGAUCAAGAUGGUCAGCAAGUUAUUCAAGCCGCGCGAGCCACGCACCGACGAUGGGGGGAACCACUGCUACUGCUUCGUGGAGCUGGCCAACGAGGAGCAGACCGACGCGGCUAUCCAGUCGCUGGACUGGAAGGAGAUGUGGGGUUGGAAGGUUCGGGUCAAGCCCGCGCUGGGGAACGAGAAGCAAGGAGAGAAGCAGGGUCCCCGGGGUUGGGCUCCUAAGAAGACAUGAAUGAAUGACGUGCGAAUAUUGCUUUUCCUCAAAAAACAUGAUCUAUGAGAAAAACCGAACAAAAAAAAAAAAACAAUGGUGGGAAUAUGCGCGGAUAUCUCCAGGGAGUUCGGGAUUCUGUACUUAUUUGCUACCUUGCUCAUGCUGGCUUCAUGCCGCACAAAGUUGGGAUGGGGAGUUACUCUUGACCGGGCGGGAUCGCUGCU